GAAAAAAAGCAAGUGGGAGUCGAGACCGACUUACGCGAGUAUCGUUUCUCGUCCAUUCUAUUUCUGUUUCUUCUGAACUUAUAUCGUGCUUUAAACUGAACGAAAUUUUUGGUGCAAAUAGUUAAUUUGGGCGGUGAAAAUAUAUUUUCUAGUUCUUAAAGGAUAAAUUACAAUGGGGAAAACACCAGCAAUUGGCAUUGACCUUGGUACAACUUACUCCUGUGUAGGAGUCUGGCAGCAUGGAAAAGUGGAAAUCAUUGCUAAUGACCAAGGAAACAGAACCACGCCCAGUUACGUAGCAUUUACGGAUACUGAAAGACUAAUUGGGGAUGCAGCAAAAAGCCAAGUUGCCAUGAAUCCUAAAAACACGGUAUUCGAUGCCAAGCGUCUUAUUGGUAGAAAAUUUGAUGACGAAAAGAUUCAAGAUGAUAUGAAGCAUUGGCCGUUUACCGUAAUUAACGAUGGAGGAAAACCAAAAAUUCAAGUGGAGUAUAAAGGAGAAAUCAAGAAAUUUACUCCAGAAGAAAUAAGUUCAAUGGUUUUAACUAAAAUGAAGGAAAUUGCCGAAACUUACUUAGGAGGAAAGGUUUCUGAUGCAGUCAUCACCGUUCCAGCCUAUUUUAACGACUCUCAAAGACAAGCGACUAAAGAUGCUGGUGUUAUUGCUGGCCUUAACGUGCUGAGAAUCAUCAAUGAGCCUACUGCAGCUGCUUUGGCAUACGGGCUUGAUAAGAACCUUAAAGGGGAUAAAAAUGUACUAAUUUUUGAUCUUGGUGGUGGAACUUUUGAUGUAUCUAUUUUAGCAAUUGAUGAAGGUUCACUUUUCCAAGUAAAAUCAACUGCAGGCGACACCCAUCUUGGUGGUGAAGAUUUCGACAACCGUUUGGUAAACCAUUUUGUUGAAGAAUUUAAGAGAAAGUUUAAGAAAGACCUUAGUAAUAACACUAGAGCUCUUAGACGACUAAGAACUGCUUGUGAAAGAGCAAAGAGAACCCUUUCAUCCUCUACUGAAGCUAGUCUUGAAAUUGACGCUCUUCAUGAAGGAGUUGACUUCUACUCUAAGAUCACCAGGGCUCGAUUUGAAGAACUUUGCAUGGAUCUUUUUAGAUCUACAUUGCAACCUGUUGAAAAAGCUUUAAAUGAUGCUAAACUGGAUAAGUCAGCAAUUCAUGAUGUAGUUCUUGUAGGUGGAUCCAUCAGGAUUCCAAAAAUUCAAAAGAUGUUGCAAGACUUCUUCGGAGGAAAGUCACUUAACCUGAGCAUCAAUCCUGACGAAGCUGUCGCUUAUGGUGCGGCUGUCCAAGCAGCGAUUUUAAGCGGCGAUACGUCUUCUCAAAUUCAAGAUGUUCUUUUGGUAGACGUUACUCCUCUUUCAUUAGGUAUUGAAACUGCUGGAGGUGUAAUGACUAAAUUAGUUGAAAGGAACUCUAGAAUACCUUGCAAGCAAACGCAGACUUUCACUACAUAUGCUGAUAACCAGAAUGCUGUGACGAUACAGGUCUAUGAGGGUGAGAGGGCCAUGACCAAAGAUAACAAUCUGUUAGGAAUAUUCAACCUUACAGGAAUACCACCUGCCCCUAGAGGGGUACCAAAAAUUGAAGUUACUUUUGACUUAGAUGCCAACGGUAUUUUAAAUGUCUCUGCCAAAGACGCUAGUACUGGUAAAUCGGAAAAAAUUACAAUAACCAAUGACAAAGGGCGCCUCUCUAAAGCUGAAAUCGACAAGAUGCUGGCUGAUGCAGAAAAAUAUGCUGCCGAGGAUGCUAAGCAGAAAGAGAGGAUUGCUGCAAGAAACCAGUUAGAGGGAUAUAUUUUCAGUGCUAAACAGGCUGUCGAAUCUUCUGACAAACUAACAGAAGAUGAUAAAAAACUGGUCGAAGAUAAAUGUUCCACUGCCCUUCAAUGGCUCGAUAGCAAUCAACUGGCUGAAAAAGAUGAAUACGAGGAUAAACUGAAGGAGUUGCAAAAAGAUUGUCAACCCAUCAUGAUGAAACUGCAUCAGAACGGAGCGCAGCAGGGAACGGCUGGCCCAAAAGUAGAGGAAGUUGAUUAACUUCCCAAUGCAACUUUUAUUUUAUUUAUUUUUUUCUUUAGUUAGCAAUGUAACGUGGAUAUUUUCACAGAAGCCGCCAUGGAAAAUGCUUAUGUGACAUGUCAUAAUGUGCAAGAUUUACUAAGAUGGAGAGGAUUCCCGUGGCCAGAUGCUCAAAAGAAAAAGAAAAAGGGCAAAAAAUAAAUAAUAAGUGGUUUAUAUUAAAAUGUAAGAAGCUAUUGGAAUAUUUCUAUUGCUUAUAGCAAAAUAUAUUAAUAAAAGCAUCUUUUAAUAAA